AUGGUGAAGAUUGGAAUCAAUGGGUAAGUUGCUUUUUUUGUGUGCAUAUUUAUCUUUGAAAUGAUCUAUUUUAAAAAGAACAGAAGGACUGGCUGUUGACAGGAUCAAGUGACAUGAUGAUACCCUGGGUUGCAUUGCACUUCUGUACUGUACAUUCCAUAGGUGUUUGCUCUCAAGUUCAUAAGCCUGACCAAAAUGCUGGGCCAUGCAUUAUGUGUAGGACUCCUUUUUUAGUUGGGAGUGUGUCUGCUUCUGUCACUGGGAAAAUUUGAAUAUUUUCAAUUGUGUAUAUAUCUUAAAGGGAAUAUAAGAACUGUCUGUUGACAGGAUUGGGUCACAGGAUAGACCCUGGAUUGCAUUGCACUUCUGGACUGUACAUACCCUAUAGGCGCUUGCUCUCAAGUUCACAAGCCUGGGUUGUACAGCUUUCACUAGAAACGAAAUAGAAGCAAACAGGCCGAAAUGAGAAGGGGGCUACCUGAACUUUUCCAAGAAGAAAUGUUUCUUUUCAUUUUCCAUAGCAUAUCUUUUGUUUGUUUUUGCUAUGGUUGUUCAACACCUCCAUGGUCUGGCCACUACCAUUCUCUACUUAUUUAUAGUUUGGUUGUCACAAUGCCUCUUUGCAACACUCUUGUAUCUUUCCUCUCCUCAGCUGUCGCGUUCCUUUAUUCUAUCCAUCUAAUAAUAUCCCGAUAGCCUUUUCAGCUAAAGUUCAGAGAUCACAGCAAGGCUAACCUUUAUUUGGCCAAUAGUCAGCUGUCACUAAACUGCAGGAAGAUUAAAGUUUGUUAUGAUAGGCCCUUUCUCAAAAUCAACCUAACAGUUUUACUGUGCCCACUUGAAAGACGAAACGCUGCGACCUGGAAAUUGAUAUUUCACUCCUGCUGAUCAACCUAAGUAUGGAAACGAAAUUAUGUCUAAUGACUGACUAAAAGAUCAUGCUGACUGUUCACAGUUCCAAAACGGUUUGAAGUAUAGUAUGAUGUAACUUUGUUGACCAGAACAAAAUUACUUGUUAAAGGAAAUUAAUAACAAGGUAUUUUUCACAAGAACACCUUACCAAACCUUUGUUUUUUGCCCUGUGUUAUUUUGAUGUACUUUGGCUCCUUUUUGAUGUACUUUGGCUCUGUUGCUGAGCCAUACAUUGACCCUUGUGUGCAGGACUCAUUUUUAGAUGUGGGUGUGUCUGCCUGCGUCACAGGGCUGCUGCCACCUGCUGGUAUAGUGUGGUAAUAUGGAUAUGCAUAUAUAGGAAUUAACUGUAAGACUGAUUUUCUCUGAUUUCUCUUCUCAGAUUUGGGCGUAUCGGGCGCCUGGUGACCCGUGCCGCUGCCAAGAGCGGUGAAGUCAACGUCGUCGCCAUCAACGACCCCUUCAUUGACCUGGACUACAUGGUGAGAACUUUUUAUAUAGGCUACUGCUUAAUAUACCGAAAUGUAAAAUCAAAAUAUAGGCUACUGAAAUUGAAACGUAUAGCGGGAGAAAUGUAAACAUAUUUUACCGAAGUCAGACCUUGAGUGGAUCAGGUUUCUUUCGGUUAAACUCAAGAAGGAUCUCAUGUGCACAAGUUUACUGGACACAUUCAACACCUCCCUAAAGGUUGUUGUUCCAUAGGUCUACAUGUUCAAGUAUGACUCCACCCACGGUGUAUGGAAGCACAGUGAAGUGAGACAAGAGAAUGGCAAGCUGGUCAUUGGCAACCUGCACAUCACAGUUUUCCACGAGUAAGUGUUUUUCCUUUUCCUUUGCUAAUGCUCCAGGUGCAUUCAUUGGCUUAUUUUGUACAGUUUUUGAGAUACGUGGUUUUGCACAGAAUCAAAUUGAUGGGUUAUACACUUCUUCUGGCAAUAUGAAGAUUUGUCUGUGUAUCUCAAACAUUGACUAUUGGGAGUGCCUUAGCAGUGGGCUAGACCAUAUAUACACUAUACAGUGCAUUCAGAAAGUAUUCAGACCCCUUGACUUUUUCCACAUUGUUUCGUUACAGCCUUAUUCUAAAAUUGAUUAAAUCAUUUGUUUUCCUCAUCAAUCUACACACAAUACCCCAUAAUGACAAAGAAAAAACAGGUUUUUAGAAAUUUGUGCAAAUUUAUAUAUCCAAGAACUGAAAUACCUUAUUUACAUAGGUAUUCAGACCCUUUGCUGUGAGACUCGAAAUUGAGCUCAGGUGCAUCCUGUUUCCAUUGGUCAUCCUUGAGAUGUUUCUACAACUUGGAGUCCACCUGUGGUAAAUUACACUGAUUGGACAUGAUUUGGAAAGGCACACACCUGUCUAUAUAAGAUCCCACAGUUGACAGUGCAUGUCAGUGCAAAAACAAGGCCAUGAGGUCGAAGGAAUUCUCCAUAGAGCUCUGAGACAGGAUUGUGUUGAGGCACAGAUCUGGGUACCAAAACAUUUCUGCAGCAUUGAAGGUCCCCAAGAACAGUGGUCUCCAUCAUUCUUAAAUGGAAGAAGUUUGGAACCACCAAGACUCUUCCUAGAGCUGGCCGCCCGUCCAAACUAAGCAAUCGGGGGAGAAGGGCCUUGGUCAGGGAGGUGACCAAGAACCCGAUGGUCACUCUGACAGGGCUCCAGAGUUACUCUGUGGCGAUGGGAGAACCUUCCAGAAGAACAACCAUCUCUGCAGCACUCCAGCAAUCAGGCCUUUAUGGUAGAGUGGCCAGACUGAAGCCACUCCUCAGUAAAAGGCACAUGACAGCCCGCUUGGAGUUUGCCUAAAGGACAGACCAUCAGAAACAAGAUUCUCUGGUCUGAUGAAACCAAGAUUGAACUCUUACAUCUGGAGGAAACAUGGCACCAUCCCUACGGUGAAUCAUGGUGGUGGCAGCGUCAUGCUGUGGGGAUGUUUUUCAGCGGCAGGCACUGGGAGACUAGUCAGGAUCGAUGGAAAGAUGAACGGAGAAAAGUAUUGUUGUGUCGCGUCGAUGCUGGUACUUAUUGCUGUCAAACAAAAAGUCCGCUUAGGCUGCACUUUGAUUAUAAGGUUUAUUUAUAUCACAAGAUUUCAGCAUAAGUUUACAGACCUGCAGUGUCUGGAGAAACAGUGUCCCAAAUUAAUCUGUCUGUUCUAACCCCCUCUGCCUCCAGCAUAUACUUAUAAACAAUGCAAAAAUAUGGGUUGCUCCCUCUGCUGUCCAAUCACCUGUCUCCCCUGGGGCGUCACCCUACAAAUGGCUACUUUUGAACUAAAAUAAACAUCCUUUCAAUUCCACAUGAAAAACAUUAACAAAGACAUAAUCCUAAUACACUACAGUAUCCUUGAUGAAAACCUGCUCAAGACCUCAGACUGGGGCGAUGGUUCAACUUCCAACAGGACAACGACCCUAAGCACACAGCCAAAACAACACAGGAGUGGCUUCAGGACAAGUCUCAAUGUCUUUGAGUUGCUCAUCCAGAGCUUGGACUUGAACCCGAUCAAACAUCUCUGGAGAGACCUGAAAAUAGCUGUGCAGUGACGAUCCCCACCCAUCCUGACAGAGCUUGAGAGGAUCUGCAGAGAAGAAUGAGAGAAACUUCCCAAAUACAGGUGUGCCAUGUGUGUAGCGUCAUACCCAAGAAGAGUUGAUGCUGUAAUCGCUGGCAAAGGUGUUUCAACAAAGUACUGAGUAAAGGGUCUGAAUACUUAUGUAAAUGUGAUAUUUCAGUUUUCUAUUUUGAAUAAAUUUGCUAAAAUUUCUACAAACCUAUUUUUGCUUCGUCAUUAUGGGGUAUUGUGUGUAGAUUGAUUAAAAAAAACAAUUUAAUCCAUUUUAGAAUAAGGCUGUAACGUAACAAGGUGAAGGGGUCUGAAUACUUUCCGAAUGCACUGUGUAUAUACAAAAGUAUGUGGACACCCCUUCAAAUUAGUGGAUUCGGCUAUUUCAGCCACAGGUGACAGGUGUAUAAAAUCGAGGACACAGCCAUGCAAUCUCCAUAGACAAACAUUGGCAGUAGAAUGGCCUUACUGAAGAGCUGUGACUUUCAAUGUGGCACCGUUAUAGGAUGCCACCUUUCCAACUAGUCAGUUCGUCACACUUCUGCCCUGCUAGAACUGCCCCAGUCAACUGUAAGUGCUGUUAUUGUGAAGUGGAAACGUCUAGGAGCAACAACGGCUCAGCUGUGAAGUGGUAGGCCACACAAGUCACAGAACGGGACUGCUGAAACACGUAGCGAGUGAAAAUCAUUUGUCCUCUGUUGCAACACUCACUACUGAGUUCCAAACUGCCUCUGGAAGCAACGUCAGCACAAAUGUUCAUCGGGAGCUUCAUGAAAUGGGUUUCCAUGGCCGAGCAGCUGCACACAAGCCUAAUAUCACCAUGUGCGAUGCCAAGCGUCAGCUGGAGUGGUGUAAAGCUUGCCGCCAUUGGACUCUGGAGCAGCGGAAACUCGUUCUCUGGAGUGAUAAAUCACACUUCAACAUCUGGCAGUACGACGGAUGAAUCUGGGUUUGGCGGAUGCCAGGAGAAUGCUACCUGCCCGACUGCAUAGUGCCAACUGUAAAGUUUGGUGGAGUAGGAAUAAUGGUCUGUGGCUGUUUUUUCAUGGUUUGUGCUAGGCCCCCUAGUUCCAGUAAAGGGAAAUCUUAAUGCUACAGCAUACAAUUACAUUCUACACGAUUCUGUGCUUUCAACUUUGUCAACAGUUUGGGGAAGGUCCUUUUUCUUGUUUCAGCAUGACAAUGCCCCUGUGCACAAAGCGAGGUCCAUACAGAAAUGGGUUGUCGAGAUUGGUGUGGAAGAACUUGACUGGCCUGCACAGAGCCCUGACCUCAACCUCAUCGAACACCUUUGGGUUGAAUUGGAAUACCGACUGCGAGCCAGGCCUAAUCGCCCAACAUCAGUGCCUGACCUCACUAAUGCUCUUGUGGCUGAAUGGAAGCAAGUUCCCUCAGCAAUGUUCCAACGUCUAGUGGAAAGCCUUCCCAAAAGCGUGGCGACUGUUAUAGCAGCAAAGGGGGGACCAACUCUAUAUUAAUGCCCAUGCUUUUGGAAUGAGAUGUUCGUCAUGUAGUGUGUGUGUAUAUAAUGAUUCCAUCCUUAGAUUGUUAUGGGAGUGCACAGGACCCCUGUAAUUCUAACCCUGGAUUUGUGUUAUAAUCCAAACUUCUCCAUCUCUUUACCAUCUUCAGGAGGGACCCUUCCCAGAUCAAGUGGGGUGAUGCUGGAGCUGACUACGUUGUGGAGUCUACUGGUGUGUUCACCACCAUCGACAAGGCCUCUGUAAGUACCUCAGUUCACUAGCAGUAGGAAGUAGAUCAUAUUGACAAUGGUCUAUACUUGAAUUCUGUGAGGGGGGAAAAAAAAAAAAUAUAUAUAUAUAUAUAUAUGUGUUUUAAUACUUCAUGGCUAUAAGACUGUGGGUGAGCAGUGAGUGAGCACAGUGCUGUAUGUAUUUCAAUGUUUUUUAAAUUGUUUUAAUCGCCUCCAGACUACCAAUUUUGCAUAUCAUCAGCUAUGAGACUGAACCAAGCAAGGCAGCCUUGAUGCUGUGUAUUUGUUAUUACACAAACGUACCCUUUGACCUCUCACCCCACCCACCACCACCACAGGCUCACCUGCAGGGAGGUGCCAAGAGGGUCAUCAUCUCCGCCCCCAGCGCCGACGCCCCCAUGUUCGUGAUGGGUGUCAACCACCAUCAUUACAAUAACUCCCUGAAAGUUGUCAGGUAAGCCACUCCCCCGCAGUGUGACAUGUACAAACAGUCCUGCCACAGGGUGACAUGUUACUUGUACAAACAAUCACUGAAACACACACACACAGUUCCAGCAGGUCAAAAACCCUACCUCUCAGUCUUACUGAGAAUGUGAGUAUGAAACAUGGCCUAAAAACAUCCUAAAAUUGCUCGCACACUUCAAUUUAACAUCGGGACAAUAUCACUAGAGAAGGUGUUUGACAGAUUUUGGAACAGAACAGUUUUCAACCAUUUUGUAUACUCUCAUUUCAUGCAUCGUUUACUUCAAAGGGAUUUCCAUAGACCUUGUAUUACAAUUCUAUGGCAGCCGCAUAUCUCCUCUUGAGGUAAGAAAACAAAUCAGAUUUGGUAACAUGGAAAACUAUUGAUUUAAAUACAUGUUUGCUUGAAAUGAAACUACAGGGUGCAGCUCUAUAAAUGAUUACUUUCUGGCUGUGUGGCACAAUGUUAAAUUACUAAACUUUUGUGGUGGUGUCAUUAUUAAUAAUAAUACAUAGUUCUCAUAUUCGGCUUUUCUAAUAAGACAUAAAGGAAACAAAAAGACAAAACAAACAAGAAAUUUGAAAGAACUGCGGUGGAGUGUGAGUUAUGGGUAGGUUUUUACAGGACUAGAUGAACCGGUGGAGGGAAGGAGUUCCAGACCCAGGGUGUAGCUCUAGAGAAUACCCUGUCGCCAAAACUCUGGAGGUUGGACUGGAAGAAUACACCAGCAGAAAGGGAAAGUUGUGUUGCAUCCAGGUUUUUAUUUCUGAGAUACAGGAUUUAAUGUAGUUCAAAGGAGUGGCUUGGUGCUGAUACGCUGAUGUGUUGUCGGGGUAGCAGUGGAAGUUGAGGUUGAAGUAGUGUCUUUCCGAGUGGGAGCAUGUUGAUUAUUAUUGAUAAUGAUGUCAUGUCCUCACAGCAACGCCUCCUGUACAACUAACUGCCUGGCUCCCAUCGCCAAGGUUAUCAACGACAACUUCGGCAUCAUUGAGGGUCUCAUGGUAAGAAUGGAGUCAAACAGCACAAUUACCACAGGGACUGGGAUGUAGUGGUAAGAAGUGGGUCAACACUUGUGGAGAUGUAAAUGCUAACAUUAAUAGAGAUGUCAAUGUACAUGCUAAUGCUAACAACAAUCAUGUUGCUGCUCUGCACAAGUCCUGGUUCGUGUUCAUUAGGGCACACAACAGAAAAUUAAAAUGAGGUUUUCUUAUUAGUUCAGAUAGUACCUUCCUGUUUUCUUCAGUUUGCCUAAUGAACAUCACCCUGCAUAGACUAACAUCCAUAUCACUUGUUUCUUCCCCCAGAGCACAGUUCAUGCAGUCACAGCCACACAGAAGACUGUCGACGGGCCCUCCGGUAAGCUGUGGAGAGAUGGACGUGGUGCCAGCCAGAACAUUAUCCCCGCCUCCACCGGCGCCGCCAAGGCCGUGGGCAAGGUUAUCCCCGAGCUGAACGGGUAUGAACCAAUCCAGGACCACUGGUUUCGUAAUGGAGGUUUUAUGACCAUAGUGAUAAUGGAUGGGAUUUGUAUAGUGCUUUUCACUAAGGGCACAUCUGAAUAUUCCAAAGCGUUAUAUUUCCCUAGCCCCAUCCCUCAGCUGUAUAUCAAAACAAGUGGCAGGGCUUUUAUUUUUUAUUUUUUUAUUUUUUAAAUCCCAGAAUGUAGAUUUAACUGAACGUUCUGACCCACAGCAAGUUGACCGGCAUGGCCUUCCGUGUCCCCACUCCCAACGUGUCCGUAGUUGACCUGACUGUCCGUCUUGAGAAAGCCGUAAGUCUCCCAGUCACCUCUCUCUGCUCUUUUUGUGGUAUUUUAUUGAAAUACAAUAUGUGAUACACAAGGUAAAGCUACUCCGAAUACCUAAUUCCUCUUGACCACCCUUCCAGCCCAACCCACCUACAAGCUACCCUUGUUUUUGCACCUUUCCUUUAGUUACUGUCUACAUAACGCGCAAUAGGCACUUCAUACAUAAUCAUUUGGUUACAUUGUUGUUCUAUAUGUAAUGUUUUCUCCUAUCUGCCUCAGGCCCCUUAUGAAGAGAUCAAGAGAGUCAUCAAGGAGGCCUCCAAAGGACCCAUGAAGGGAAUUCUGGGAUACACAGAGGACCAGGUAAAUAUUUUCCCAUCCCAAGACCCUGCUUGAAUACUCUAAAAUGCAUCAUUCCUUCCAUACUUGAAGAAAUCACUGAUCUAACAUGAUUUGAUAGGUGUGAGCAAGGUCCUGUGUUGCUGUCAUGUCAUAAAGUGUCAUGUAUGUGAUUACCACAAUGAAGGAAAUAAGGAAGGAUGCAUUUUAAGAGUACUUGAACAGGGCCCAAGCUUUUCAGACUCUCAUGCACUGGGCCUCAAGGUCAUGAUGCAAUACUUAAGCUCAAACACUAGGGCGCAGUAGAGUAAUUGUAAUUUCAGUUUUUCACAUAAUGAGCCUAAAGCCUGUUGCUCUCCCCUCCUCAGGUGGUGUCCACAGACUUCAAUGGCGACAAACGUUCCUCAAUCUUCGACGCCGGCGCAGGCAUUGCACUCAACGACCACUUUGUCAAGCUGGUCUCAUGGUAUGUAUCUAGACCUACCCCCUUCAAAACACACAGAAUCAAUGUUGUAAUUUUGAAUAUUUUUAUACAUUAUAAAGACUUGUUCAUCUUGCUCCCUCUCCCAUAGGUAUGACAAUGAGUACGGCUAUAGCAACCGCGUUAUUGACUUGUGUAUGCACAUGGCACUCAAAGAGUAAAGUUUCCACACCACACCUACACCCCCCCCCCCCCCCCCCCCCCCCCCACCCCCAUGACCUCUUCCUUCUCCUGAACGGACAUCCAACCCGUCCACCGCCAGAGAAAGAACCAGUAGCAAAGUCUAUAGCAAUGUUUUUAUAAUAAGUCACACCUCUGUUCUGUUCAGAAGACUGUUUUUUGCCGGCAGAAUAUUUCUGUCCACCGCACCAUGCCUUAAUUCACAAU